AUGGGAAUCGCGUCGUUACCCCUGAUCGCGUUCGCGAUAAGCCACCCGGGCUCGCUCGCGACCGUGGUCACGGACGCGACGUUUGAGGCGGAAGUGUUGAAGUCCGACGUUCCGGUGCUCGUGGAUUUUUGGGCGCCGUGGUGCGGGCCGUGCCGAAUGAUUGCGCCUUUGAUUGAUCAACUCGCGGAGGAGUACCAAGGGAAGCUCAAGGCGGUCAAGCUUAACACGGAUGAAUCCCCUAGCGUGGCGACGGAGUACGGCAUUCGUUCCAUCCCGACCGUGAUGAUCUUCAAGGGUGGUCAAAAGAUGGACACUGUGAUUGGCGCGGUGCCGAAGAGCACGCUCACCGGGACGGUGGAAAAGUACCUGUAA